GAAAAUGUACCGAAUCUGGAUUUUCCAUUUGUGAUGUUUUUGUUACCUUAGUGUAUUACAAGGAAAAUCAGUUAUUGUUACCAUAUAAAUGACCGCAAUCGAGCAAGAUGGAGCUGUUGUUGCUAAGAAGAAGAAUAAAGUUGAUCACACUUAUAAUAUUCUGUGGAACAGCUGAUGUCUGGUGCAGCUUACCGGUGGAUCUUGCUCCAGAGGAAAAGAUCCCACCACCAACGACGCUUUCGUUAACGUCCACCUCGUCAAUAGCCACAACCGUCAACAUAUCCACGUCGACGUACGCGACCGUCAUACCUCCCAUCCCCCCUAGCAACAGGGACCGAUUCCUGACUUUCGCCGAGUCCGGACACCAUCAGACCUUCAUGUUCGCCAAGGACAACACCUUCAUACAACUGGACGGGGACAUCAUACAACGGUUUCAACUCAGGUUGUGCAGAGAGAUAUCAUUCAAGUUCCGCACAAGACUACCCCACGGUUUGCUCGUGUAUCACAACGUCAAGAAUCCCGUGUUCAAAAUGCAACCUUACGCGUUGUACGUGAUCGUCGAAAAGGGAGAACUGAAAGUGGUACACGUCUUCGGUAAACACUUGACAUCGGUGACUGUAGGCCGAGCUCUGAACAGAGACCAGUGGCACAGCGUGGUGGUUACUAUUGAUGUGCACGGUGCAAGGCUCAUCGCUAAAGUAGACCAACUCAAAGAAGAGGUUUACCUAAAGGGUUUAAGCUUCGAUACAAACUAUGGCAUCACGGAUAAUUUAACGUCAGUUAUAUUAAUUGGAGGUCUCAGUUCAGAGGAGAAACUUCACGGAGUCAAAUACAUCAUAGAAUCUUUUGUCGGUUGCAUCAGCGAUAUGGUGCUCAGUUCUGGAAAGGCCGCAUCUGAUCUUUUACCUAUAGUACCCCUGAUAGCUACCAAACAUGAGAACGUCAAAGAGGGAUGCAUUAACAAAUGCAUGACAGUGGAGAAUUUGUGCUUCCAAGGUUCUAGAUGCAUCAAUGAAUACAACGGCUACAGAUGUGACUGCUUUGGCACAUUGUACGAAGAGCAACUCUGUGACGUUUAUACGGCGACCGUUCUCACUCUCCGCGGCUCUAGCUACGUAUCCUACAGAGUUUAUGAUUGGAAAGACCGUGUUCACUCAACGAAUACCAGAGUCAGCCUACAUUUUAAGACCCGGUUUGAUGAUUCAGCUCUGUUUUAUGCAAGCGGUCAAAUAGACGACAAACAUCAUUACAUCGCCUUAUCAAUCCACCAAGAACGAUUGGCAAUACAGAUCGAUCUUGGAGAUGGACCUGUUGAAGAUUACAUUGGAGAGAAAGUCAAUAACAACCGCUGGCAUAACAUAACAGUUAUACUGCAAGAAAAUAUCGUUAUAGUUUACUUGGAUGACGUAACGAGAACUUACGAAGUACCAGGGAACGCGAGAUACGUCUGCAUAGACCCGGAGAUUUAUAUAUGCGGCGGUCCCGAUUUACACAAAAUGAAAGGGCUGAAAUCUUUCAACAAUUUCGCCGGCAACCUAAAGUAUGUUUACUACAAUGACGUCUCUAUACUUUAUGAGCUAAAGCAGAACAAUACAAAGGUCCAUUAUAUCGGAGUGCUGGAUCCGGAAUUCGAAGAGAUUGAUAUAGAACUGAUACCGAUUACUUAUCCUUUUGCGACUUCCCAUAUAUGGUGGCCGUUGAAUCAGACCAACAGCAUCAAUUUGAAAUUCGACUUUAAAACCAGCAAGAAUAUGGCUGUUUUAGCUUACAGUCAGAUUACCUCCGGGCAAGGUUAUUGGGAGGUAAGGAUGGUAAAAGAAGAAAUCCGCUUUGAAUUAGUUCCAGAUGUGGGUAAAAAUGUCACUGUGUUAAAAUCGGUUAAAUUUAAUGUGAGCAGCGACUGGCACAAUGUAGAACUGGACUACAGAAAGGGCAGGAUCAAAUUAACUGUGGACUAUCUCAAUAAACAUGCACAGAUGUUUGGUCUCGAUUUCCAAUUGCAAGAUAAAAUUGUCAUUGGCAGUGGACUUAAAUCUGCCAAUCUUGGCCUGAUUGGAUGCAUGAGGAACAUCAAGAUCAACGGGCUUCUUAUAGAGCCGAGAUUCGUGAUUAAUACGGAACGGGUCGUCGGCGAGGUGGCCAUUGACGACUGCCAUUACGUGGACCCGUGCACGAGACCCAAUACAUGCGAACACGGCGGCAUCUGCUCCAUACGGGAGGACCGCGUCAUAUGCAACUGUGAUAACACUGGCUACAUAGGCGAAAACUGUCACUUCGCUACGUUUAGAAAGACUUGUGAAGAGUUAGCUCUACUAGGGUAUACACGAAAUGAUGUUUACCUCAUAGACAUUGAUGGCAAUGGAAGGUUUCCACCAGCUCACGUUAAAUGCGAGUUCCAGAUAGAAGCCGACUCAUCUACCACAGUCGUGGAACACAAUCUACCCAGCCAAGUAGAUGUUCGUUCAGCUUCAGGACAAGACUUCAGUUUCAAAAUAAAGUAUAGAGAAUUCUCAGCAGAGAUGUUACAAGAGCUCAUCUCUCAUUCGUUAUACUGUCGACAAUAUAUUAAAUACGACUGCAACAUGGCGCCUUUGGAACUGCACAGUGCAACAUGGUUCAUAUCCUCAUCUAAUGACACCGUUGACUAUCUCGGAAAUGUUAAGAGGCUAUUGCUUUACAGAGGGUACUGCCCCUGUGGAGUGAACGCGACUUGUGUCAAUCCCACACAGUCUUGCAAUUGCGACGCCAACGAAAACAAAUGGCAUUCCGACGAAGGCGUCUACGUGGACCCCAAGAGUUUGGGCAUAACGGAAAUGUUCUUUCUACAACAGAAGGAUUUGACUGAAGAAGCUCAGGGGAGAAUCACGCUGGGGCCCCUUGAGUGUGUAGAAACUAAUACUCAACGCUACGUAGUCACAUUUACAACAUCUCAAUCGUACAUCGAAGUGCCUGGAUGGAGAAAAGGAGAUAUCGCAUUUAGCUUUAGAACAACAGGCACCAGUGCUAUAUUACUAUUUCAACCACCUAUUAGACCUAACUAUCCGUCUUUUAUGGUAGCUUUGACUAGCGAACACGAACUAACUUUCAACUUCACUCUGAACACCGGUACUACAAGAAAGCUCGUCAUCAAUUCCAAAAGGAAACUGAACGGCGGCGAAUGGCACAAGAUCUGGAUAGAUUACAACUUCUACCAUGUCAGAUUCAUGCUCAAUACAGAGUAUCAAAUGUUGAAUUUGCUAUUGGAAGAAGAAUUUGGACCUUUUGAAGGAUCUAUGUUUAUCGGGGGAGCCACUGCAGAACACCUAAAAAAGUCAGCAGUCCACCAAGGGCUCAUUGGCUGCUUUAGAGGCUUAGUAGUCAACGGUGAAAUCCUAGACAUCUACAGUUAUAUGUCAGUCCAUCUAUCAGAGAUCAUCAAAGACUGCAAGCCUUCUUGUGUCCCGAACCCUUGCCAGAAUAAGGCCAUAUGUAAAGAACUAUGGUCCAGUUACGAAUGUAUAUGCAAAAAUCCGUGGGCACAUUUGGGAACACACUGCGAAGAAAAUAUAAACAGAAAAGCUUUAACUUUCCAAACGAAAGAGGCAUAUCUAAAGAAGAAUUAUCUUUCGGAUAAUGAAACGGAUGCUGAAAAGCAGAGACUGAAGAAAAUGAUGACAGAGGAUGUACUGAUGAAUCUAAGAACAUAUGACGAUAAUUCAAUAGUCCUGUAUGCUAAUGAUAAUCUUAAUAAUUUCAUACAUCUGUUUAUACACAAUGGCACAGAAAUCUUAUAUCUGUUCAAUGACGAAAAUGAAAUAGUACAAAUGAAUGUUACAUAUGAAAAGAUAAAUAAAGGCGAGAGUGUACAAAUAGCCAUUAUUAGAACAGAAAACUCUACUACGUUACACGUGAAUGAUAAAAAUACGACGAUUGCUAAAGUAGCUAGACUUUUAACAAAUUACACUAACAAACCGUGGGUGAAUCCUGAUUUAGAGGUAAUUCUUCCACAAAGACCGCCAGCUCCGCCCACGGAUUAUUUCCAAAUUAAUCUUGGAGGCUUUGAUCCAUUUUCGUUACAUUUGGCUCCAAGAGCUAAUUUACUGCCGCAAGAUGGUUACGUGGGCUGUGUCAGAGGUUUCAAAAUAGCUGACCAUGUUGUCGAUCUGUCUAAAAAGGCUCAGGAUGAGAUAGAUCAGGAUUUAACAGGGGUACUACCGGAAUGCGAUAUGAAAUGCGAUUCAGAGCCUUGUAAAAACGGUGGCGUUUGCACUGAGGACUUCACCAAUCAGGAGAGUAGUUGCGACUGCGAACUCACCAGUUACUUUGGAGAAUACUGUAUGGAGGAAAAAGGUGCCGAUUUUAACGGGGAAAGUAUCCUCCAACGCAAGUUUGUGUUAACCGGACACAUUACCAAGGUCAAAAUAAAACUGGCGUUUUCCAGCAAUGAUUUACGUCAAAAGAAUACUGUAUUGCUUUUAGUACAAACAGAGAACAAGCGGAGCUAUUACUUGCUAGUAGCUAUAACACAAGAUGGAUAUCUCAAAUUCGAGGAGGAUCGUGAAGAUUCAGCUUACGGUGCCGAAUUUAAAAACAGGAAUUUUCUAAAUGGUGCUCGACACACUGUUUACUACACAAGAAUAGGACAAGAUGCAAAGCUUUUGAUAGAUCGAAUUGAAGUGCCUUUAGAGAAACUUCCACCUCAAGGCUUGUGGGAAGUGUUCGACGUUGGCUCCAACGAAGUGCAAAUAGGGGGAUUAAACACCACAGACCCCAGGCUAAAAAUUUACAAAGGGUAUAAUGGUUGCUUAUCUAACAUAUUCGUAGAAAUAAACGAUUACAUAAUGAAACCUCUCGAAGAGUACAUGUUAUUCACUCGUUCUGACUCUGAGAAAGUGAAUGCCGUAAACGCUCAAGGAGUGAGAAGCGCUCAAUGUUCCGCCGACUUCGAUGAAGCCUGGCCUGAACAUGAUCAACUAGGAUCAGCGCACAACGGGAGCUUCCUUAUUAGCGUCGACAAGACGUGGGUAGAAGAUCCUCCAUCCAGAAUACCUUAUGACUCGCUGUACCAACAGCCUGACACAGAAGAAGAGAACACCGACAAGUUCUUCAUUGCUCUAAUAGUUAUAUUCUUACUAGGGCUCUGUUAUUGUGGAUAUCACAUGUGGCGGACGCAUAAAACUCACAAAAUGCGUUUGGAAAAAGAAACGGACGAAAAUAUCAUGAGAAAUAAAGAAAAAGCGAUCAAGCUGCAGGAACCUAGUGUUGCAUUCCUUCAGAUUAAAGAAGAAGGAGAAGCUAAUAAAAACGGUGAAAAGAAAACUAACGGAAUCACCAUAGAGGAAAUACCCACAGUGAUAGUUGAGGUACCCAACGAAGAAAAACCAGCUAUUAGAAGAGGAUCGCUUAGGUUCCGAGAUGUUAUAGACAAAGAUAUCGCUUGGGAGCCUUUAGAAGAAAAAGAUGAAACGUUAGAGAUUGAAGAGGAAAGUAACCAAAAAGAAAGCAAUCAUAAAAAUGGUAUUGAAGAGGACAACGAAAAUUAUGAAAGUGACGAUGAAAACGAGAAUGAGGAUAAAAAAUUACAUGACGAAACUGAAUCAGAAACAUACAAAACGAACCCACUCAAGACCUUCAAAGAGUUCAAUAGAGGUCCGCCUACAUUAACAACGCCUCUACCUUACAAGAUAGAUGAAGACGGGUCUAACGAAUUGUUAACUUUAACCGCUUAGGUAGAGUUUAUGAGUUUAUUAUACGUGUUUUUUACGAC